AAUUGCUUUCCCAGAAUGCAGUGAGAAGGAGUGACGCAAAUGCCUUGCGACGGCGCUUCUUCUAGGAGCUCUUGCUCUCGCCAGCGGCCGGGGAAGCGGUUGCCGAAGAGAUCCUUCGGAGGGGGAUGGCGGAGCCCGGCAGCGCAUCCUCGGGCAUGGGCGGCACCGGAGGGAGCUCCACGGGCUCCGCCGUGACCGACCCGGCCUCGCUGCCCCCCGGCGACGCGCAGCUCAUCGCCCUGAUCGUGGGGCAGCUCAAGAGCCGCGGCCUCUUCGACGCUUUCCGCAGGGACUGCCUGGCCGACGUGGACACGAAGCCAGCCUACCAGAAUUUGAGACAGAAAGUGGACAACUUUGUGUCUACCCAUCUGGAUAAGCAAGAUUGGAACCCGGCAAUGAACAAAAACCAGCUGCGGAAUGGCCUCAGGCAGAGUGUGAUUCAGUCGGGGAUGCUGGAAGCUGGAGUGGACAGAAUUAUUUCUCAAGUGGUUGAUCCAAAACUAAACCACAUCUUCAGGCCACAGAUAGAAAAAGCAAUUCAUGAUUUCCUGGCUGCGCACAAGAAAGAGGAAUCUGUGCCAGCUCCUCCCCCAGAACCAGAGAGUCAAGAUCCUCCUGCUCCAUCGCAAGAUGCCUCGUAAGUGCAUUUGUGAUUUUCGAGUGGCUACAGUUGCAAAACCCAGGCUGAAUCUGAUUGGCACUGGGCUACAGAUCUGAAGGAGUGCAGUUUGUCAGCUAAUACCAACCAGCCAUGAUUUGAGGGUGAAGUGCUGACAAAAGGCACAAGUGUGGUGUAAAGGAACAGGCUAAAUAUGAAAACAUGUUAUUAUGGGCAGAAGUAGCAUCUGUUUUUCUAAUUGUGUAUGUGCAGGAUGGGUUGCCUCUUUGCAGGGAGCCACUUGGGAAAAGAACUUCUCAUGUGAUAUUAGUAAAAUUGAUGGUGUAUGGGGGUGUAGCCAGAGGGGAAAAAGGCAUUCUGGGUAUGCUUAAUUUCCUGGGAAGCCAUUGUAUGCAAGAGAGCCUUGUAGACAGGUCUAGACUGGGGUGCAUCGGCGUAUAAACAAGCAUGAAAUUGACAACAGCAAAGGAUCACUGACUACUAAAUGCAUACUUGAAUUCAGUAAUAAUUCACUCAACAGUGCCUGUACACAUCUGAUAAUAGCUGCAAAACCUAUUCAUCAUUAAUUAUCUGGAUAUAUCUAAAAUCAAGGUUCCAAAAGUGGUGUCUUGACAAAUCUUGCAGCUUGGCUUGCUUCUCUGGCUGAUCAGGGAAGCAGAUUGGAGCGCUAAGAAGAUUCUUUUGGUUUUGAAAUUCUUCAUGCGCCCAUUAGAAAGAUACAUUAGAGUCAGAGAAGUUCGCAAGGAGGCAUUUGCAUUUUAAGAGUUUGACUAGCAAUUCGCCAGAUGUUUUUGUAUAACAAAAAUAAUAGAAAAUAUUAGUUGUCUGAGAAAGUGUCUUGUGAACUACGUGACACUUACAUUUCAAACAAAAAGUGCAUACAUUUGGGAUAUUUAAUGAAAUGCACUGCCCAUUUUACAUUUCUUAGGAGUUUGUCAGAUUGAACAGCUUCAGAAAUUGACUUCAUGAUACCUUAAUUGUUAAUCCAGUCAAAAUCAUGUUGAGAAAAUUACACCUGUGUAAGAGUGAUUAUGUCAUUGACAGGGAAAGGUUGGUGGUAAAUAAAGAGUUCCUGCUUCGAUCCUGGGUCCCAUCCCACAAUUUCCCUACACUCAGUCUUGUCAUGGAUGAGCCCUGAAAUCAAAGCAGAAACUCUUUAAUUACUGGCAUUCUCCUCCUUCCAAUGGUAUCAUCGUCUUACUCAGGGAUAAUUUACUCAACAGGAUUUUGUCUCUUUAAAGCUGGCCUUUUGCCUUAGUUACAAGAAGAUCCUCUCAGCAUUAACCUGUGUAGAAUACAGAAUCUGAGCAGCUUCAACAGAAUUUGCAAAGGAGACCAUGUCUGCUCUUUCCAGUGAAAAAAGAAGUUGUUAGGUAUGCAUUCGGAUGUCAUAUCAUAGAGUGAGUUGCUGGUACAUGAAAGAGCUUAGAAUAGCCUUCUAGGUUCUUACCUCCCUAGCUUGCUGCAAGCCAUGAUGCAUCUUUGCAUCAAGACUGGCAAAUUGUGACUCGAUACUUGUCAACCAGCAAUUCAGCACAGCUGCAAGUGUGUAUGUUUUUUUUCCAAAUUGUUUCCUAAGCAUGUUAGCUGGAGAUGCCUUUGGGUAUGCAUUGUUGGUUAAUGUAUUGUUGAAUAAGACACAUUGGGUUGAAACAUGUUUAAUGUGUUACAGCAGAAUUUGGAUAAAUUCAUCAUGCAUAACAUAUUUCAGUUUAUGAAUGUUUAUAUAUGAACCAUUGCUGGAUAUUUUUGUUUAGUUCUCACCUUUCUGGGUUUUAAAAUAUUAAAUAUUUAUAUUU